AUGAUCUUAUUGUUGUUCAUUUCGUCAGCUUUAUUACAUUCAUCAAUAACAGUGCGAUUUCCGAACAAAAGGGUAUUUUUAAUUUUGCCAUCGUUAUGUUUGGCCACUGUCACCCAACAUCCGAUAAUCUCAAAUACAGCGGAUAUUCAAUUAAAUUCUGGUGCAGCUGCCCAAAUACCUAGUAUUAUUGGUCAUAAUUUGGAUACCGCUGUACAUGUUUCAUCUAAAAUAAGAGUAAAGAAUCGAAAUUCGAUCAUACGUCAACAUCAAUGUCCAUCAAACACAUUCCGAUGCGGCGAUGGUUCUUGUAUUCCUAAAGAUUGGAUCGACGACGGUGAAGUGGACUGUGACGACUUAUCAGAUGAACACAUCCAGUCUACCACGCAGUCAAUCCAGACAGGUGCACUUAGUGUCGAAUAUUCCACCACUGCCGAAGAAAUCUUCGACGAUCCGUUUGAUCGUAUUGUAACAUUUUCAUCCAUUGAUCAGUUACCAUUUUCGAUCUCACCAUUACUGCGAUCUGAAGAAGAGACAAAAAGUCAUCAGUCAUAUGCAUAUGGUUGCUCGAAUAUUGUACAAACAAGAGUAAAUCAAUGUUCUACAGAUCUUACCGACUGGAUGGAACAUUUAGAUGACAUUGAUAUGACAAAUUCAUCCAUGCUAAAUGAUGAAACAAGGUAA